AUGCCUUGGAAGUGUAAAGAUUGUCCCAUCUGCGGCAAGCGAGCUUUAAAAAGAUUGGCAAACCAUUUGGGAGACGUCCAUGAACUUUCGUUCCAAGAAAGACAACCUUAUCUUAUUCGUGCUAAGCCAACAGCUUUAAACUUGGAAAACGUUUUAACAGAAUUGUACAGAUUAAUUGGGAACAAUAAAAAGCAGUCAAAGUGGAAUAAAAGCAGGAUAAAAAAUAUACCCAUUCUUCAACCAAACUCCUCCAGGAAACGAACGAAAUCAAGUACAAAAUCUGCAAAGAAUGUGGACAAUACAGAAAUGAAUGAUGGCUCAAUGGAUUGGUUAAAGUUAGAAACAAAAGCGAAACACAAUAAUGGAUAA